CCACAAAAUCGAAGAUAAUCCAAACCAGAAAUGGCGGUGUGCUCUUCACUCUCGGCUGUCUCUCCUUACGCAGUUCCCAAACUGAGCUCGAAGCUGUCGGAAUCUAGGGCGAUGGUUUCUCGGAGUACUCAGACACAUAGGACCUCCGAAUUGUACAGAAGCUUGGGGAAGACAAGGUUGAGUACCAGGCUGAGUGCAGCUGGGUUCGCGGAGAUUGAGCCCGAUCUCCGCGAAGACCCCCAUGAUCGUUGGGAGACUAACAGUAUCAGCAUGGAUGAUUUUAAGUUCGGGGAGUAUGAUGACCACCACACUUACCACGAAGGCGAAGAGAAGAAGGGAAGCUUUUGGGGUUCAAUAGCAGAAGACAUUGAAGCGGUUGGAACCCCUACAGGUUUUCAGGGUCUUAUAUCGUGGCUUUUUCUCCCUGCAAUUGCUGCCGGAAUGUAUUUCAACGCUCCGGGGGAGUACUUGUACAUUGGCGCCGGUCUGUUUACAAUUGUGUUUUGCAUCAUUGAGAUGGAUAAGCCGGACAAACCCCACAACUUUGAACCCCAGAUAUACAACAUGGAGAGGGGAGCUCGUGACAAGCUGAUAGCGGACUACAACACCAUGGAUAUAUGGGAUUUCAAUGAGAAAUAUGGAGAUCUGUGGGAUUUCACUGUGACUGUCAAGAAGGAAGAUAUUAUGAAGAGAUAAAAAUUCAUGUGUAGUAAAUUCCGCCGUAAUUAAUAUGGGAUUUCUCAAGUUCUCAACCAGCUUGAGCAUGAAAGGUAUAUAGCUAUCAAUUCAGUCCUCUUUCUGUUGCUUCC